UGUGUGUGUGUGCGUGUGUGUUUAUGUGUACGCGCGUGGCUCACCUAACAGCAGCAGCAGCAGCAGCAGUCUGCAUGUGAGCUCGAGCCGGAGCUGAAGCAUCCGGGCAAAACUGCGCAGAGAUGCAGCGCACGUAGACGUGACAUGUGGACCCCCGCCUCGCCCCCGCGCGCAUAUCAUGGUUAAAAACAUCGUUAAGACAAUUGUUGUGUUUGUUUUGAAAUGGCGGCGCUAAAGUCGAGGUGAGCAGCUGUGUUGCUCUGUCCGCCCGCCCGCCCGCCCGCCUGCCGGGGUGUGCGCACUUUCUUCUCGGUUUUUUUGCCAGGACAAGGAGCCAACAUUUUAUUUUUUUGGGUUAUUUCUCUAUCGAUUAUUGUGUAAGGAAUCAUGACUUCUGGACAGGAUGAAAGCUCAGUCCGCGUGGCACUGAGGAUUCGUCCUCAGCUGGCCAGAGAGAAGAUUGAAGGAUGUCACAUCUGCACGUACGUGAUGCCCGGGGAGCCGCAGGUGAUCCUGGGGAAAGACAAGUCCUUCACCUACGACUACAUGUUCGACAUGGACUCCGAGCAGGACGCCAUCUACACCAACUGCACGGAGAAGCUGAUUGAGGGCUGCUUUGAGGGCUACAACGCCACCAUCUUUGCAUACGGACAGACGGGUUCAGGGAAGACGUACACCAUGGGGACGGGCUUUGACGUCAACAUCGUCGACGAGGAGCUGGGUAUCAUCCCCCGCGCCGUCCACCACCUCUACAAGGGCAUCGAGCAGCGCCGCCAGGCCGCCCAGGAGGAGGGACGCCCCGUACCGGAGUUUAAGAUCAACGCCCAAUUCCUCGAGCUUUAUAAUGAGGAAGUUCUGGACCUGUUUGACUCGACACGAGACACCAGACAGAAGUCUCACAUCAAGAUCCACGAGGACGCCACCGGGGGAAUCUACACCGUGGGAGUGACCACGCGGAGCGUUUCCUGCGAGGCCGAGAUGAUGCAGUGUCUGAAGCUCGGGGCUCUGUGUCGCACCACAGCCAGCACGCAGAUGAACGUCCAGAGCUCUCGAUCCCACGCCAUCUUCACCAUCCACCUGUGCCAAGUUCGCGUCUGUGCCUCCGACAAUCAAGAAAGUGAGACUGAUAACAGAGUCUCCAACGGGAACUCUGAGAUGGACGAGUACGAGACGCUGACGGCCAAGUUUCACUUUGUGGAUCUGGCCGGUUCUGAGAGGCUGAAGAGAACCGGAGCGACGGGCGAUCGAGCCAAAGAGGGAAUCUCCAUCAACUGCGGACUGCUCGCUCUGGGGAACGUCAUCAGCGCUCUGGGCGACCGGAGCAAGCGCUCCUCGCAUGUGCCUUACAGAGACUCCAAACUCACGCGACUUCUGCAGGAUUCAUUAGGAGGCAACAGCCAAACGGUGAUGAUCGCCUGCAUCAGCCCGUCCGACCGGGACUUCAUGGAGACUCUGAACACGUUGAAAUACGCCAACCGGGCACGGAACAUCAAGAACAAGGUGAUGGUGAACCAGGACAAGGCCAGCCAGCAGAUCAGCGUUCUGAGGACGGAGAUCGCCCGACUGCAGAUCGAGCUGAUGGAGUACAAGACGGGUAAACGUCUGACGGAUGAAGACGGUGUGGAGAGCUUCAGCGACAUGUUCCAUGAGAACUCCAUGCUGCAGACGGAGAACAGCAACCUGAGGGUGCGAGUGAAGGCCAUGCAAGAGACCAUCGAUGCCCAGAGGGCGCGGCUCACACAGCUGAUCAGUGACCAGGCCAACCAGGUGCUCGCCAGGGCAGGUGAAGGUGCAACUGAAGAAAUUGGAAACAUGAUUCAGGGUUACAUCAAAGAGAUUGAAGACCUCAGAGCCAAACUCCUGGAGAGCGAGGCCGUGAACGAGAACUUGAGGAAGAAUCUGUCUCGUGCCUCCAAUCGUCAGUCGCUGUACGGAGGGCCGGCGCUGCUGGCCCCCGAGAAGGAGACUUCUGACAUCAUCGAACUCGCCAAGAAAGACCUGGAGAAACUGAAGAAACGAGAAAAGAAGAAAAAGAAAAGACUCCAGCUGCUGUUGGAGGAGAGAGAAAGGGAGGAAAGGGAGGAGGUGGUGGAAGAGGUUGAUGACGCCAGUGUCAACAAGGAGGAAGUUCCCGACAACGAGCAGGAAAGGGGCACGGAGAAGGAAAUGGCUGAGCGAGUCCACGAGGAAGCAGAAAUUGAGGUCCAGGAAGGCAGCGACCACGAGGAAGGAGAGGAGGAGGAGGAGGAUGAAGAGGAGAUGGAGGUGGAGGAGAGCUCGGAUGAUUCUGACUCUGAGUCGGAUGAAAAAGAGAACUUCCAGGCCGAUCUGGCCAACAUCACCUGCGAGAUCGCCAUCAAGCAGAAGCUGAUCGACGAGCUGGAGAACAGCCAGCGGCGCCUGCACACGCUCAAACAGCAGUACGAGCAGAAGCUCAUGAUGCUGCAGUGCAAGAUCAGGGACACCCAGCUGGAGAGGGACCGUGUCCUGCAGAACAUGAAUACAGUGGAAUCUGGCACAGACGAAAAGUCUCGUAAGAUCAAGACUGAGUACGAGAAGAAGCUGAGCGUCAUGAACAAGGAGCUCCAGAAGCUCCAGUCGGCUCAGAAGGAGCACGCCCGCCUGCUGAAGAACCAAUCGCAGUACGAGAAGCAGCUGAAGAAGCUUCAGAUGGACGUGCAGGAAAUGAAGAAGACGAAGGUCCGUCUCAUGAAGCAGAUGAAGGAGCAGCAGGAGAAGAACAGGAUGAACGAGUCUCGCAGAAACCGAGAGAUUGCUUCGUUAAAGAAAGACCAGCGCAAGCAAGAGCACCAACUGAAGUUACUGGAGGCUCAGAAACGGCAGCAGGAGCUCAUUCUGAGGAGAAAGACUGAGGAGGUGACGGCGCUGAGGAGGCAGGCUCGGCCUAUCUCGGGUAAGGUCGUCAGGAAAUUCAAUCUCUCAGACUCGUUGCAGGACUCCACCUACAGACCUCCAUCUGGACGCUUGUACUCCUCCGGCAACGCCGCGCCCAACGGCACUCGGACUUCCUACAGGCGCACAGUCGGUAUUUUAUCCACCAGAAUCGCACGCAAUAAAUGGCUGUCUCUGGAGCGCCGCAUCACUGACGUCAUCAUGCAGAGGAUGACCAUCUCCAACAUGGAGGCCGAGAUGAACCGCCUCCUCAAGCAACGAGAGGAGCUAACCAAGCGUAAAGAGAAAGUCAUCCGGAAGAGGGAGCGGCUGGUCAGGGAGGGGCCAGAGGCAGAGAAGGCAGUGCUCCCCAUUAAUGAGGAAGUGGAUGCACUGACGGCCAACAUCGACUACAUCAAUGACAGCAUCGCAGACUGUCAGGCCAACAUCAUGCAGAUGGAGGAAGCCAAGGAGGAAGGCGACACAGUGGACAUUUCUGCUGUGAUCGGUUCCUGCACCCUGACAGAAGCUCGUUUCCUGUUGGAUCACUUCAUGUCGAUGGCUAUCAACAAGGGUCUCCAGGCGUCCCAGAGGGAGUCUCAGGUGAAGGUGAUGGAGGGCCGGCUGAAGCAGACGGAGAUCACCAGCGCCACACAGAACCAGCUGCUCUUUCACAUGCUGAAGGAGAAGGCCGAGUUCAACCCGGAGCUGGACGCCCUGCUGGGGAACGCUCUGCAAGAGCUAGGUAACAUCCCGGCCGAAAAUGGGGACGACAGCAGCAGUGAUGAGUCUGCACAGAGUCCUUCUGCAGACGGAAACACCUUGACAUCAGAUCUCAUGAAACUCUGUGGAGAGACCAAAACAAGAAACAAGGCUCGCAGGAGGACGACCACUCAGAUGGAGCUGCUGUACGCAAACAGUGACUCCGCCCCCGACGCUCCGUCCGCAGACUUCUCCAGUCCGAUGCUGCCGCUAGCUGAAACACCAGAUGGGGGAGGAGACAUGGAGUCGUCGGGCUCAUCAGUCAGGGACUACGCAGCUCUCUCCCCCGGCUUUUCCUCUAAAAUGGGCAGCAUUUCUGGCUCCAGAACUUCGUCAGGGGUGGAAAAGCGAGCACCGGAGCCUUCCCCGCUCUCUCGCAGGAAGACCUUUGACAAGGCGCACGCAGCGGCUGACAGGGCAAAGGUCAAGGAGAUUAAACAGGGCGUCAUUAGCCCGGUGCCAGCCACUAAAAGCAGCCGGUCGGCGACGUUGCAGUGCGUCCACGUGGCGGAGGGACACAGUAAAGCUGUUCUCUGCAUCGACUGCACUGAUGACCUUCUCUUCACGGGAUCCAAAGACCGGACCUGUAAGGUGUGGAAUCUGGUGACGGGUCAGGAGAUAAUGUCCCUGGCCGGUCACCCCAACAACGUGGUGUCAGUCCGCUACAGCUCCAGUUUGGUCUUCACCGUCUCCACCUCCUACAUCAAAGUCUGGGACAUCCGGGACUCGGCCAAGUGCAUCCGAACACUUACGUCGUCUGGGCAGGUUAAUGCCGGGGAAGUGUGUGCGUCCAACACCAGCCGGACGGUCACCAUCCCAGCAGGAGAGAACCAGAUCAACCAGAUCGCUCUCAACCCAAACGGGACAGUUCUGUACGCCGCCGCCGGCAACUCAGUCCGAGUCUGGGAUCUACGAAGAUUUGCAUCCACAGGGAAACUUACUGGUCACCUCGGUCCGGUGAUGUGUCUGACUGUGGAUCAGUCUGGAAACAACCAAGACCUGGUGAUCUCCGGGUCCAAAGAUCAUUACAUCAAGCUGUUUGACGUGACCGAAGGAUCUCUGGGGAGCAUCGGCCCCACACACAACUUUGAACCUCCGCAUUACGACGGCAUCGAGUCCCUGGUGGUCCAGGGGGAUAUCCUCUUCAGCGGCUCUCGAGACAACGGCAUCAAGAAGUGGGACCUGGACCGCAAAGACCUGCUGCAGCAAGUCCCGAACGCCCAUCGUGACUGGGUUUGUGCGCUGGGUGUCGUCCCCGGGUCCCCGGCCCUGCUGAGCGGCUGCAGAGGUGGGGUGCUCAAGCUGUGGCACACAGACACACUGGGGACUCUGGGGGAGCUGAAGGGUCACGAGAGCCCCAUCAACGGCAUCUCGACCAACAGCAGCCAUCUGUUCACCGCCUCCGAUGACCGGACUGUGAAGAUCUGGCGGGCUCGUGGUGGACUGGACAGCACUUCAGAGGCGGUUGACAAUGCGGACGAGGUGGCCAGUAACUGAUGGAAGGACACUCGCGGCAUCUUCUGAUGCUGCUGCCCUGCACUUUGACCUUAACUGCUCAAGCCCAACGCUGACUCCUAAAAACACUUACCUUCCAUGCCAUGUAACCUUUAUGACUGAGCCAGCAGGAAAGUAAUCUCAUCUCCACAGAAACUAGCACAAUCAUUAUUUACUUCGCCUCUGUGUGCUCAGAGCGUCGUGCUAAUCAGUUUUAGUUAUUGUGCGCUGUAGACGACAUGUCACCGUGGAUCAUGACUCACAAGACGCUUAUUUAAGACUUGACCACGACUCGUAGAAGCUGCUGCUCAGCGCUGUGCCAGGAUAAAGUACACCUGCAGACACAUUACCAGGAGGAGGGGAGCCGUGUUAAAUUAGAAAUAAAUAGACGUAGAGUAUCGGAGGAGAAAGGUGUGGCAGCAGCUAACGGGUUGGCAGCUGGUCUCCACCACCCAGUUCUCCAGUUUCUUGGGAUUGUUUAGAUCUUUCUCUGCACUCGAAGCAGAACCAAUGCCCCCCCACGCUCCUCCCCCCCCCCCCAAAUAACAAAAGUGGCUUUAAUGUGUGUGAAAAAGACAAAUCACCGUUCCCCUUAACUUCCCUCUCCUGCUUUUGUGCUCCUCACUUUCUGCAGCUGUUCAUCAUCAGCGGACAAAAUUGUGCAAACGUGUCGUCUUUGCUGUCCUGCACAGAACUCGCUGUACAGCGACUCUCACUCUAAAGCAAAGGUUCGACAUUUUGGUGAAAUACGAUCAUUUUGCUGCAGCCCACAUCUGGUUAGCUUAGCAUACAGUAAAGACUGGGAACAGGGGGAAACUGCUAGCCUGGCUCGUUUGACGCUAACAUGAUAUAGCGUGUUUGUUUAAUAUGUACAAAAACCAACGGGUUAUAAAUACAAUUUGCGGUUAUGUGCCAGACUAUUUAACUUCUUUUCCCAACUCAAGUGUUACUUUUACGUUGGUUUUUAUAUGGAUUGGACAAAGAUAUUGACUUCAUUUUAUUACCUUCGCUAGAGCCAGGCUAGCUGUUUCCCCCCACUUCCAGUCUUUAUGCUAAGCUAUGCUACCGCUGCUGGCUGCAGCUGGUAUCGACCCUCUCGUCUUACUCUUUAGCAGAAAGCGUAUUUCCCAAAAAUGUCAGACUAUUCCUUUUAACUUUUGAGCACUUGUGAAACCUACAGUUAGUCUUUGAGAUGCACUUAAUCCUUCGUAAAUGUGAGCAGGUUCAGCGUUUGAGGAUAUUCUACACUUGUUGUUCACGUUACAUCGUAUGUAAAAGCGUAUGUUCACUCUUCACAUGUUGCAGUUAACACUCACUGAACCUACACUACUGAGUCGUCGUGUUACCCCCAUGCUGCUACGUCGUGUGCUCACCUUCUUCUCUCAACCCUAUAAGAGGGCUUCUUGUCAAGGACUCCGGGUGAGGUCCGCUCACUACCGAGCAAUGUGUAUGUAUAUAAAUGUAAUGGUAUCUUUUUGGAGAGGAGAGGCCUUCAGGCUCUGCCUGUGUUGUGAGCGUAACCACGUCGACUGACGUUCUGAUCCUUGCGGGGCCUUCCCGGAGACGCUCGUGGUCUCCCUCAUGUAACUGACGUGUCUGUCGCGAUUGUGUGCUGUCACUUCUGAAUGUUUGGUGAAACGGCAGUUGUAGGCAUUAUCCAAGUACAUAUCUAAUGUAUGUAAACAAUGUAUUUAAAAAAUAAUUAAUCUGACUGAAUGUUAGUUUUGUGGGACCACCGAUCGGAUGCCUCACACGAGAGCCGAGAGAACCAGCGGGAAGACGCACGAGCUUUAAAGCUUCGGACGCAGCUUUUCCUCCAAUGGCGUCGGAUUGUGUUUAGUGGCCUACGGUUAGUUUUUUUUUUUCUUUGUUAUGCUGUCCCUGUUCCACAUAUCCCGGGCGUUCCCACUCUGGAGUUUUAGUAGCCAUUCCCAAAUGGCGGACUCUAUAGCGAUUCUAAUGUCAGAUGCCUUGGUGAGAAUAAACGCCAUCUGUCAAAAACAA